CCCUACCUUUCCAAGGAUGCCCUGCUUUCAAGGUUUCUAUGCAAGGCCUUGCUUGACGUCUUGAACUUACAAAAUGACGCAAGCUUCCCUUGAUUCAUAUUCAUCAUCAUGAUAACCUUUUCAAAAGACCACUGUUAUUUCUUCACUGCCUGUGUUUUGUUGAUAAGUCUGCGCUUAUCGCGGUCUGCUCAGGCCAGCGACGCGCAGCACACGCUCGCUCACAGUCAUACCGAUGUGGUCAACUUUCAUCAACAUAGGUAUACGCAGCGGCAUGACAAAGGGUCAGUCGGCUCGGCGGUGGUGCCGGCUGGGGCCCAUUCCGCCCGCGCCGUGCACGCAGCUGCUGCCAGUAAACCCGGCGGCGUAGCGCACCAUCACCGAACGCUCCAACAGGCAGCAGCGGCGGCUGGUGACGUGGUGGAAGCGGCGGGGGGCCUAGGGACCGCCUCAGGAGAGGUGGCUUCCACGCUGCCUGCGCUACCUGUGCCCCAGCGCUGCCUGUUUAUCCUGGGCACCGGUCGCUCCGGAAGCACGCAGCUUAUGGAUGCAGUCAACCAGCUGCCGCGCUACUUGGUCCGUGGCGAGCAGGGCGGCGCCUUCCAUCACCUGUGGCUGGCGGCCAGGCAGCUGCAGACGGGUCUGCGCAAGAGCCGUGACUACAGCAGUGCAGUGGCGCGGCUAGCGGCGAAAUGGCAGCAACAGGGGCAGGCGCAGGAGCAGGGGCAGGGGCAGGCGCAGGAGCAGGCGCACCAACAGGGGCGGGAGCAGGGGAAACAGGAGGGGAGGCGGAGACGCGUGCACAUUCGUCACCGCCAGCUUCAGGAGGCCUUUGGGGAGAGCGGGAGAGGGAGCGGGCGUGGGCGGCUAGUAGGCGAAGAAGCAGGAGCAGGAGAGGGCGGCGGUGGAGUAACCGCUUUAGUGCCAGCGGGUUGGGAUGAGAGCCGACUGGACUUCGGCACCGUCAAGGCCAUAUACGACCGACACGCGCCGCUGAAGAAGCUGCCCUGGUUCAACGACUUCCACCCCAAGCGGCUGGCCGACGCCGCCCGCGCCUUCUACGCCACCCUGUACCACUACCACCUGCCAGGGCAGCGGGGGCAGCGGGGGCAGCAGGAGCUGGUGUCGGGGUUCAAGGAGAUCCGCUUCGUGUCGGGCCGCUGCUUCCCGCCCGGCUCGCCCUACUCGGACUUCGCAGCCUUCAUGGCGUUCCUGCGAUCCCUGUGCGUCGACGUCAAGUUCCUUCUCAACAGCCGGGCGGCGGCGGACUUGGAGGCCAACACCAAGCUGGCGGGCAUGCUGCGGAGAUUUGGCCACAACGUGACUGCGGAUCAGCUGCAGUUGGACCUGCUCACCACACACGACUGGUACGACCGCUACGUAGCGGAGCACCCCGAUCACGCGCUGCGUGUGCUGAUGGAACACAUGUUCAGCCCACAGGAGAGCCCGGCGCUGUCGGAGCGGAUACUGAGGUUUCUGGGCGAGGACCCAAACCAGCUGCCCCCGCUGCGAUUCGACCGCAUGCCCUCCUGGGGCGCUCGGACCAAGGAAUCGCGCGGGCAGGAGGGGGGGAGGGAGGGAGACGGCGAGGAAGAGGAGGAAGGGGAAGGGGAAAGAAGGAGGGCGUAGGUCGCAGGUGGUGGACGUGUGAUGGGACAGGGUUCAGGUCGCAGGUGGUGGACAGUCGAAGUCGCUUGGCAGCUGAACAGCCGAGGCAGGACUGCGAGAGGCGGUGACGGCGCAGGUGGAGUUCAGGGCGAGGGCCGACAAGGAGGGGCCAGGCGGUCAGACAGGCUUGGUGAGCUGGCUACAGACAAUUGAAGUCGGCCCCUCCUGAGUCGCCGCGCUCCAGGGGCUCAGCCCCAAAACCUUUGUAGAAGGUACCUUCUGGCAGGACCCUUCGCUCCAAGCUUUGCCCCACCAUGACAUGUUUUCUUGGAGGUCCCAGAGGCCUUAUAACGCUCGUCUGGUUGGAUUGCACGCCGCCGCGCACGUUUGGCAAUUGGCACGUCUCCUGCUUGCGGAAUGCCAUAACCAAGGGGAUCUGCAGGCAGGGGGCGGGUUUGGAGGGGUAGGAGGGGUUGGAAGAUAGGCCGGGAAACAGCAGCGGAUGGGCAGGAGCUUGGACGCAUUGGCGCAGCCGAGGCACGCGCUGUCUGCGCGUGAUCCAGUAUGGCUGUUGGCCCAAGGCAGGAGGUUCCGCAGACACAGAGACACUCAC